CAUUGAUAUAAUAACCCUAAAGUUUUGAAGUCAUCAUAAUAACGUUUUAAACAUUUUUAAAAUGGAAAAAGUUUAUCCUUAUUCUCAAUUCCCUUCAAGUGAACCGUUUCCUUUGGAAGAAUAUUCUAAAUCAUUUCAAGAUGAUGUAAAGUUAGAUGAGGAGCCUGGGGAAAUUGAUAACUUCAACGAAAGAUUGAUAAUAUUUGACUAUUUGGGACUCCAUUUACCCGCAAGUGAACAACAAAAAAUUCAAAAAAUGUGUGGUAUAGAAAACUUGCAAAAUGCCAAUGAUCCUGAACCUGAAAGCUUAAACGAUUUUUCUGAAGAUGUUUAUAUAACACUAAGAAAUCCUACCCCUAUAACUGCAGAAGCAAGAAAGUGUGAGGCUGUGAAAGUUAGAGAAGAAACACUAAAAACCAUUGAUCAUUUCUAUUAUCGACGAAUAUGUGGAAAGGAAUAUGGAAAUGCUAAAUUGAAACCAAACCCAAUCAUUUUGGAUGAUCUAGUGCCGGGUUCAGAUUAUUUGGUUACAAUAAAGAUAUUUAGACCAUUUUUAUUUCAGUUUGAAACUAAAAAUUUUUCAAACAAACUAAAAGCAGGCCAACAAAUACAGGCCAUUGGAGGUAACAGACUUAGUCAAAUAAGAGAUCUAAUCAUUUGUAGUCUGGACAAAAAACUAUGUAAGGAAAUUGAAGGCAGAAAUAUUGCAAAGGAGAACAAAGAAGAAGAAAACCCUUUGGUCCUGUACCCUUCAAACUUCCUCUUCAUUGAAAACGUUUUCUACAAUGACCUAAGAGCAACAGGAUCGAUUGAUUAUUCAGAAGUUAUAAGAGAAUGGGCGAAGGAAAAGAACAUAAAGGAUCUGAAGACAGCAGAUAUGGAUGGCACAUUCGUCAAGGAUUUAAAACCUCGUAUCGGUUAUCCAUAUGUGUAUGUGCACCAAGGCAACUGUGAACACCUAGUGGUCUUCACCGACGCUCGUUUGCUCAUGAAAGACGACUGCCUUUGUCCAUAUGACUAUCCCUACGUUAUGACAACGAACCGGCAAUACUCGAGGAAAUGUGCCAUUUGCGGUACCAAUAACGCACAAGUUGUUUGCACGGAAUGUGACAGAUUACCUAACGAACAUAUGCUUAUGUGUCAAGAAUGCUUCGACUCUUAUCAUUACGUCGACGGCAGGAAAAUCGAUUCUUGCAAAGCGUAUGCGUUUUCUGAAAUAAUUGAAGAUGAUAAUGAUGAUAAAUAAUUAAUCGUUUAACAUAAGAGUGAAACUAAAAAUAAGUAAUACUGAAUAAAAACAUUCCGAAAAGGUAUUCUAUUUGUUUCAAUAAAAACUGCUUUACCAUUAGUAGUAAUAAAGAUGGGCCACUGCAUCAAGUCGAUGACCUGUCCAUCAACUUCUUACCACUUUUUGGCAUUCGGAACGUCUUUCUAAAUCAUUCUUCAGCUAAGGAAGUUACAACUCACCCCUUUUAUCAACUGUACCAGAAGUUGUUAGACCUUCUGGAAUUAUCGUUAGAUGGUGGGGUAGCCUAUUUAAGUUUGAAUUUUCCUCGUAAAGUUUAUGCUUUUCAGAAGGAGUGGGAGAAUAUGGAAAAGGGGUGAUGGUAUUAUGAGAGAGGGGCUGAAGUGAUUUAAGAAGUAAGAGAAGUAUGGAGGAAGCGAUUAAGUAAAAUGGCUGAAGUGGCUCAGUGUGAUGGGGAUGAUGUGUCAGUUAUCUGGGACGAGUCGGAGCUGUCAGCGAUGCUAGAGGAGUUCUUCCACAACGAUCAGUUGGCGAGCAAAACAGAAUGGUCGGUGGAGGAAACCCAUGCAUAGGAGAUGUAGGAAAGGUUAGCAGUGCCUGUGGCUAGUACAUCGCGAACGGCGGCAGGGGCAGUAAAUCCAUAAGUAUGAAGCCCAAGAAGCGGACGUAUAACAGAAGAGUGUCGGGCGGUCCAUUGAAUUAUUCAAAGCUUGUAGACCAGGUGCGAGAAGCGCUGAAGACUCUUCAAUGGGAUAAGUGAAUACGGGAAGGUGAAAUAAAGGAACAUGACAUGAAGGACGCUUCAUGUUUGGAAUAAAUAAAGCGGAAAGAGAAAGAAUUGCAGGACCUGAAGAAUGUCGUGAAAACAGCAGUAGGUCGGUGGUGGAAGGUAGAAAGCGAGUGGAACAGGUGGAGAAGAAGUUAAAUGAAUUGCAGACACAAUUGUUGAACAUACUUAAUUAAUAGUGUAAAUACAAUAAUAUAAAAUAAAGGUUGUA